CGGUGACAUGUGAACGCACUCAGGUUCCCCCGGGGAAUAUGGAGGAAGGGCUGUUUGUGGUGCCAGUGUGAGGUGGCGACAAACGCGUGGAGAAGAUGUUACGCAAACGUGACAUCUGGCCCUCGGAGCUCCCAGUGCGCUCCGCAGAGCCGCAGGAGCGGACAGCGGGGAGGUGCAGUUUGAAGUGAGCCGAGCACGGAGAGGCGUGCGCCCGAGGCCGCCGCUGGCUCAGGUCAACUCUCACCCUUGGACUUUCUGCCCAGAGCUGUGCUCUCAGAGCGCAGGGCAGCCCCAGGACCGCCACCUCCAGCCACCAUGCCCACCCUGGAUGAUAUUCUAGAGCACAUUGGGGAGUUUGACUUUUUCCAAAAACAAACAUUUUUCCUCUUAUCCCUGCUGUCGGCGACCUUCGCCCCCAUCUACGUGGGCAUCGUCUUUCUGGGUUUCACCCCCGACCACCGCUGCCGCAGGCGGCUGGAGCCUGGAGGAGGAGUUCAACUACACGGUGCCGGGCCCCGGGCUCGUGGGCCAGCCCUUCCUGCGCCAGUGCCGGCAGUACGAGGUGGACUGGAACCAGAGCGCCCUGGGCUGCGUGGACCCGCUGGCCGACCUGGCUGCCAAUAGGAGCCACCUGCCGCUGGGCCCCUGUCAGCACGGCUGGGUGUACGACACGCCCGGCUCCUCCAUCGUCACUGAGUUUAACCUGGUAUGUGCCAACUCCUGGAUGCUGGACCUGUUCCAGGCGGCCGUGAACGUGGGGUUUUUAAUCGGUUCUGUGGGCAUCGGCUACACGGCAGACAGGUUUGGCCGUAAGCUCUGCCUCCUGAUUACGAUCCUCAUAAACGCCACCUCCGGGAUGCUCAUGGCCGUCUCCCCCACAUACGCGUGGGUGUUGACUUUCCGCAUGAUCCAAGGGCUGGUCAGCAAAGCGGGCUGGACAAUCGGCUACACCCUGAUUACGGAGUAUGUCGGGCUGGGCUACCGGAGGACUGUAGGGAUCUUUUACCAAGCCGCCUUCACCGUUGGGCUCCUGGUGCUGGCCGGGGUGGCCCAUGCACUGCCUCACUGGAGGUGGCUCCAGUUCACAGUGACACUCCCCAACUUCUGCUUCUUGUUCUAUUACUGGUGCAUACCCGAGUCUCCGAGGUGGCUGAUCUCCCAGAAUAAGAACACCAAGGCCAUGAGGACCAUUAAGCACAUCGCGAAUAAAAAUGGAAAACCUCUGCCCGCCUCUUUCCAGAGCCUGAGACCUGAGGAGGAGGCCGGCGAGAAGUUGAGUCCUUCGUUUCUUGACUUGGUCAGAACCCCUCAGAUAAGGAAACAUACUUUGAUCUUAAUGUACAACUGGUUCACCAGCUCUGUUCUCUACCAGGGCCUCAUCAUGCACAUGGGCCUCGUGGGGGACAACAUCUACCUGGAUUUCUUCUACUCUGCCCUGGUCGAAUUCCCAGCUGCCCUCAUCAUCGUCCUCACCAUCGACCGCAUUGGCCGCCGUUAUCCGUGGGCCGUGUCAAAUAUAGUGGCAGGGGCAGCCUGUCUAGCUCCAGUUUUUAUCCCCGAUGGUCUGCACUGGCUGAAGAUCACUGUGGCCUGCUUGGGCAGAAUGGGGAUUACGAUGGCCUAUGAGAUGGUCUGCCUGGUCAAUGCCGAACUGUACCCCACGUUCAUUAGGAACCUCGGCGUCCUGGUGUGCUCCUCCCUGUGCGACAUCGGUGGCAUCAUCACUCCAUUCCUGGUCUACCGGCUCACCAGCGUCUGGCCCGAGCUCCCGCUGGUGAUUUUUGCCGUGGUUGGCGUGAUUGCCGGAGGACUGGUGUUGCUGCUGCCAGAGACCCGAGGAAAGGCUUUGCCUGAGACCAUCGAGGAAGCCGAGAACAUGCACAGGCCAAGCUGAUCUAGAAACUGAGGCAAGACUAACCACCUCCACAUAAGGGACAUUCUGUGAGAAGCUGGAGAACCAGGUGCAGCCCACAUUUGCUUCAAACUAUAAACAGGAGCAUGGACAAAGGAUGUUGCUGGAAACAACCAAAUGAAGAGAACAGCAUUUCUACAAUGGGUAUCAGUAACAUUCUGGUAUUCAUAGACACGAGAUGACUGAGAAAA